CAGGUCGAUGGUGGUGAGCCGCCUGGCCGGAGCGGAUAAACAUCGAUUCCCGGCCAAGCCGAAUCGAGCAACGGCCAGAAUCCCCCGGCUGCGAAACAUCAAAGGAGGCUCGAGAGUCUCAAGGGGUCGUCUCUGUUCCGCUCUGAUAAUCAUCCACUUGUUCAGAUGCUGCACAGCACUGCAUAGCACCAGCGUGUUUCUUCUGAGGUGCAGGCACUGCUGCGAACCGUGAGGUGUUGACAAGCGUCCAAGUCGGCGCUCCAAACGGUAGACCAUCGCCUGGUCGUCCGAUGUGCCACCUGUGACUGCCGCAGUUCGAUUUCUCUUCCUAAACGCACCACUACUCUCGUUUCUCCCUCCAUUUGGAAAGCUUUCAUCUCGUUCAGGUCGCUGACCUAGACCGUCCGCCAGCAUGAAGCCUUCUUUGCUGGUGUGGUCGCUCCUUUCGCUCCUCACCGUUCCAACCCUCGCCGUUCCCUCUGAAGAUUCCAUCCAUGCCGUCUCGAACCCAUCGCCCCGCCUCGUCAAGAGAGAAGAGGCCGCGGCCCCAGCACACAAGGAUGGACAGGCAGACUCUGAUGCGCCAGGCACUGUCUUCAACGGGGUCAAGGUUCCUCCUAUGAAGGAGUUAACACCGGAGGAUUUCGAUGAGACUAUCAAGGACGGAUACUGGCUUGUUAAACACUAUUCUCCGAGUUGCCCUCACUGUCAGCAAAUCGCCCCCACGUGGCAAACGCUCUAUGAAUUUUACUAUACAUCGGAUCCGCUCUCGACAUCUACUGCCAAAUCUGCUGACACGCACUCAUCCCUGAAUUCCUUCCACGGUUUCUAUAAUUUCCAUUUUGCCUCUAUCAAUUGUCUCUCCUACGGCGAUUUCUGCACCAAAAGACUUAACAUCAGAGAGUGGCCGACGUUUAACCUCUACCACAAUGGUGAAUUUGUGGAACAAUACGCUGGAAAGAAGACUAUUGAUGGUCUGAGCCAGUACAUCGAAGAGAAGUUGGAACUUAUCCGCCCUGGCUCCCGGCCUAGAAAAGGCGUUAAACUGCCACCUCCAGGGGCUAAAAGCGUUGAUACCAAGGCAGAGCCUGACAAGCCAGCCGCUAAGGACAAGGAUCGAGAAGCUGGAGUCAAGGCUGGUGAAAAGCACAACGAGCAGGCUGCUCACCUGGCUAGCAAAACUGCCGCCGACAAGUCUACCACUGCCAAAAAAGACCCCAAGCCCACUGUUAUCCCCAAUCCGCAAGGCGUCUCGGUUCCUUUAACCGCAGAGUCUUUCCAGAAGCUUGUGACGACUACACGCGACCCGUGGUUCGUGAAAUUCUACGCACCAUGGUGUUCACACUGCCAAGCGCUCGCCCCGAACUGGCUUGCGAUGGCCAAGGAGAUGAAGGGCGUUUUGAACGUUGGCGAGGUGAACUGUGACGCUGAGCCCAGGCUGUGCAAAGAUGCGCGUAUCAAGGGAUUCCCGACUAUGUACUUUUUCCGGGGCGGAGAGAGGGUCGAGUAUGACGGUCUCCGUGGCCUAGGCGAUCUGGUCAACUAUGCUAAGAAAGCAGUCGAUGUGGGAUCGGGUGUCCAGUACGUGGACGCUGCCACAUUCAAGGAAUUGGAAGAGAAGGAGGAAGUCAUCUUCCUUUACCUAUAUGAUCAUGCUACGACAUCGGAGGAUUUCGCUGCCUUGGAGCGCUUGACGCUGAGUCUAGUCGGCCAUGCUCGGCUGGUCAAGUCCAACGAUACAGCGCUAUCCGAGCGAUUCAAGGUCUCGACGUGGCCUCGACUCCUUGUGUCUAGAGACGGACGUCCCAGCUAUUACAGUGCGUUGGCCCCCAAGGACACAAGGGACUUCCGCCAGGUUCUCUCAUGGAUGCAGACCGUGUGGCUGCCCAUUGUCCCCGAGCUUACUGCCUCUAAUGCCCGUGAGAUCAUGGACGGCAAGUACGUUGUGCUUGGUAUCCUGAGUAGGAAGCGUGCGGACGAGUUCAUCCUGGACAAGAGGGAGCUAAAGAAUGCUGCCCUUGAAUGGAUGGACAAGCAAACCCACCUCUUCCAGCUCGAGAGACAGGAGCUUCGUGAUGCCAAGCAGCUUCGCAUCGAGGAAGCUGACGACCGAAACGACCAGCGCGCGUUGCGUGCAGCAAAGAGUAUGCGAAUCACCAUCCGUGAAAACGACAAAAAGCAGGUUGGUUUCGCAUGGGUGGACGGUGAUUUCUGGGAAAGAUGGCUCCGAACCACCUACGGUGUUGAUGUGAAAAAUGGAGAGCGUGUCAUUAUCAACGAUCAAGACAACCGACGCUAUUGGGAUACCGCUGCUAGUGGUUCACCCAUCCUGCCCUCUCGUACCUCUAUUCUCGAAACCAUUCCACUUGUCAUUGCCUCUCCCCCCAAGAUUAAGUCGAAGUCGACCAUUGGUCUAUUUGAGGCUGUGUUCUUCCAUACUCGCUCUUUUCUCUUCGUUCACCCGUGGAUCACUCUCUCCAUUCUGGCCGCCUCCUUGCUCGUCUCCGUCUACCUGGCUCGGGGUAAGCUCAUCAAACGAGGGCUCGCUGGACCUGGAGGUAUUCUCGGUGGAGGCAGCGGUGGCUUUUUCCAUCUAGAUGGAAAGGAGGGCUUGCUGAACGGUGGUUCGACCGGAAAGGUUGACUAAUAAUCCAGUUGCACUACUUUCUGGCUUUGUCUUUUCCUUCUAUUCACAUGUUCAUAUGUUCCGAUUUUUUGAUCCCUAGACGAUGAGCGGAAGUGUAUUACCCAACUUAUUCGUCUUUUUUGUUUGCAUUGGGAAAGGGGAUCAACUGUCCAAGAUGUGAGGUCUGAAAUUGAGACAUCUUGAGAGUAGCAGCGCCGCGGCGCGGGACGUGGCUUGGUCCCAGGGGACCUAUACACGGGGACAUGUGGGAUUCUUAUUCUUUUUCUCAGGGGACUACGGAGUGUGUUGGUUGAAUUUCAGCGUCUACAGUACCUUGGAUUGAGACCGUCCUUGCAGUGCGCGUCUGUAAUAAUGAUCGUCUUUUCGAGGCUUUUGCUGCCCGGUACCCGUAUGCAUAUUUUUUGACUGCACCGCGUGUUCCAGCCAACAACGUACGGUACAUAAUACCCAAAAUGAAAUUGUUUCCAGUCAAGGUACACGAGAG